AUGCUGAACGACAGCCUGGCGCUGAGCAGCCUGGAUGGGAUUUACAUCGGUACCGAGUGCCUGGUUGCUUUGUUUUCCACUUUGGGUAACAUCCUGGUCAUCUGGGUGGUGAAGCUGAACUCGGCGUUUCAGAACACGACUCUGUACUUCAUCGUUUCCCUGGCGCUGGCUGAUAUCGCGGUGGGGAUCCUCGUCAUACCCCUGGCCAUCGUGGUGAGUCUGGGCAUCAGCGCCCACUUCUACACCUGCCUGUUCAUGUGCUGCGUGAUGGUGGUUUUCACCAACGCCUCCAUCCUCUCCCUCCUGGCCAUCGCCAUCGACAGGUACCUGCGAGUGAAGCUGCCGACCAGAUACAAAAUAAUCACUAGAGAGAGAAGAGUCUGGUGGGCGCUGGGUUUGUGCUGGUCCGUGUCCCUGCUGGUAGGAUUAGUCCCCAUGUUUGGAUGGAACAAGACAGGCCCAAGAAGCUCUGACUUCCUCAGGUGCCAAUUCACCUCUGUGAUGAGGAUGGAUUACAUGGUAUAUUUUGGCUUCUUCGCAUGGAUUCUCAUCCCUCUCCUCGUCAUGUGUGCUCUGUAUGUUGAAAUCUUUUACAUCAUCCGGACAAAGCUGAGUCAAGGUACAACCAAUGCGAGGGAGGCAGGAGCUUUUUACGGACAGGAGUUCAAGACAGCCAAAUCCCUAGCACUUGUCCUCUUCCUCUUUGCCAUAUCCUGGUUGCCCCUGUGCAUUAUAAACUGUGUUUCCUAUUUUUACCCUGACUGUCAAAUCCCCCCGUAUCUGAUGUACUUGGCAAUCCUGUUAUCCCACGCCAAUUCUGCCAUGAACCCUGUUGUCUAUGCUUGCAAGAUAAAGAAGUUCAAACACACAUACCUCUUAAUUUUGAAGACCUAUAUCCUGUGCAAAAAACCCCCCACCAGAUCCAGUUCUUGCAGAGCAAACACCAGAACAACAGUCAUAAUUCAGGCUAUCUACUUGAGUUAG